GGGACCACAGUGGCUGUCACACCAAUGCCUGGCUUCUCUGGAACCACAGAGACUGAGACACAGUCAAAGUCAUCCAAGGUUCCAGAACCAUGGGAAACUGGCACAUCCCCCUAUACAAGCUCAGCCUCUGAGGACAUCAGCAUUUUUUCCGAGGUCUCCACUGGGACUAGUGCUGAGGCCUCCCGGACAGACAUCAUGUUCCCCAGCAGGACAUCCACCCCUGGCCUUGUUCAACUCACGAUGUCACCAGACUUCCCCGCAGAAAUCAACACAAGGCUCUCUACCUCCCCUGUCAUGGUGGAAUCUGAACCUAUAACCAUGGCCACUGAAACUGUUCCCCCAGGGGCUAUAUCCCAGGACACAGUAGCUUGGGACACAUCAGCCACAGCAUCGGGGGCACAGACACACUCAGCUGUGACUCAGGGUUUUCCACGCUCAGAGAUGACUACUGGUGUGGACAGAAGUUCUGAAGAUGAAUCACCCAGCAUCCUGUCCUCUGAGCAGGACAUCAGCUCUCCAUCUUCCCUGGUGCCUUUCCCUGCCAUGACCUGGUCUUCUGCAGUGUCCUCCACACUGCCAACCAGUAAUCCUUCUCCUGCUCCUGUCACCUCACCUCUCGCCCCUGGCCUGCUGACCCACAGCAUGUGGGGCAUGAGUUCAGAAGGUGUGACCAGUUCAUCUUCAGUUCUGACCAGCACACUAGUGAAUAUCCAGACCAUGUCUGAAGCCUCUACCACUACAGAGGUCAGUCGCCUUCCUGAAAACACAGCAGUGACCCACGUGGGGACCCUAACUUCUGCAUGGGAAUCAUACUCCUCGGACUCAGCUGGGUCAGAGACAACCAUAGGCACAUCUCCAGUUGAGACCUCCUCCUUUGAUGUGGAUGCCACAGCUUCCACAACAAUGCCUGGCCUGUUGGGAACCACAGAGACUGAGAUACAGUCAACAUCAUCCCUGGGCCCAGAACCACGGGCAACCAUCAUGUCCCAGCACACCAGCUCAACACCAGAGGAAAUCACUGUCCCUUCCAAGGUGUCCACUGGUCCUAAUGCUGAGGCGCCCAGGGUACCCAUCAUGUCCCCAAGCAAAACAUCCAUCCCUGGCCUUGUUCAGCCCACGAAGUCACCACACUUCUCUACAGGAAUCACCACCAGGCUCUCUACCUCAUCCAUCAUGGCAGAAUCUGCACCUAUAAACUUGGCCACUGAAACUGUUCCCCUGGGGGCUACAUCCCAGGGCACAGUAGCCUGGGACACUUCAGCCACAGCAUUAGGGGCACAGACACACUCGGCUGUGACUCAGGGUUCUCCACAUUCAGCGGUGACCUCUAGUGUGGACAGAGGUUCUGAGGGUGAGUCACGAGUAAGCCCUUCCUCUGAGAGAGACAUCAGCUCUCCAUCUUCCCUAGUGUCUUUACCUGCCAUGACCUCAUCCUCUGGAGUGUCCCCCACGCUGCCACCUAGGAGUUUUUCUCCUGUUCCUGUCACCUCACCUCUCACCCCUGGCCUGCUAAAGAUCCCCAGCACAUGGAGCACAAGCUCGGAAGGUGUGAUCAGUUCACCUUCAGGUCUGAGUCAGACCUUAGUGGAGAUAUGGGCCACGCCUGAAGCCUCUACCACUACAAGGUCUAUCCCCCUUCCCGAAAACACAGCAGUAACCCAUGUGGGGACCCUCAGUUAUGCACUGGAAUCGCAUUCCUCAGCCCCAGCUGGCUCAGAGCCAGGCACAGGGACGUCUCCAGUUGAGACCUCCUCCCUCCCUGGGGAUGCCACAGCUUCCACACCAAUGCCUGGCCUCUCUGGGACCACAGAGACUGAGGCACAGUCAAUGUCACCCCUGACCCCAGAAACAUGGGAAACGGUCAUGUCCUGGCAUACUAGUUCAGCUCCAGAGCCUAUCAGCAUCCUCUCUGAGGCGUCCACUGGGACUACCACUGAGGCAUUCAAGACAGAUGUCAUUUCUUCUAGCAGGACAUCCAUCCCUUUCCCUGUUCAGACAACAAUGUCAUCAGACAUUCCCAUGGAAGUCAACACCAGGCUCUCUACCUCCCCUGUCAUGGCGGAAUCUGAACCUAUAACCAUGGCCACUGAAACCAUUCCCCCAGGGGCUACAUCCCAGGACACAGUAGCCUGGGACACAUCAGCCACAACAUUAGGGGCACCGACACACUUGGCUGUGACUCAGGGUUUUCCACAUUCAGUGGUGACCUCUAGUGUGGACAGAGGUUUUGAGGGUGAGUCACCCACCAGCCCUUCCUCUGAGCAGGACAUCAGCUCUCCAUCUUCCCUGGUGCCUUUACAUGCUAUGACCUCAGCCUCUGCAGUGUCCCCCACACUGCCAGCCAGUAGGCCUUCUCCUCUUGCUCCUGUCACCUCACCACCUCUCACCACUGGCCUGCCAACAAUCCACAGCACGUGGGGCACGACCACACAAGGUAUGAUCAGUUCACCCUCAGUUCUGACCAGCACGUUAGUGGACACUUGGGCCACAUCUGAAGCCUCUACCCCUACAGAGGCCAUUCAUCCUCCUGAAUACACAGCAGUCACCCAUGUGGCAACCCUCGGUUCUGCCCAGGAAUCCCACUUCUCGUCCCCAGCCUCAUCAGAACCAGCCACAGGAACAUCUCCAAUCGAGACCUCCUCCAUCGGUCAGGACACCACGGCUUCCACACCAAUGCCUGGCCUCUUGGGAACCACAGAGAAGGAGACAGUGUCAUCAUCAUCCCUGGCCCCAGAACUGUGGGAAUUGGACUCCAUUCGGCACACCAGCUCAGCCACGGAGGAAAUCACCGUCCCCCCUGGGGUGUCCACAGGUUCUAGUGCUGAGGCCUCCAGGACAGACGUCAUCUCCCACAGCAGGACAUCCAUCCCUGUCCCUUCUCAGCCCACAAUGUCCCCUGACAUCCCCAUGGAAAUCAACACCAGGCUCUCUACCUCCCUCAUUGAGGCAGAAUCUGCACAUAUAAUCAUGGCCACCAGAACAGUUCCCCCGGGAGCUACCUCCCAGGGCACACUAGCCUGGUCCACAUCAGCCUCAGCCGGGUGGUCUCAUAUACACUCAGCAGUAACUCAGGGUUCUCCACGCUCAGAGGUGACCACUAGCAUGGAAAGAGUUUCUGAGAAUGAGUCACACACAAGCCCUUCCUCUGAGCAAGACAUGAAUUCUCCAUCUUCCCUGGUGCCUUUUCAUGCCAUGACCUCAACUUCCGCAGUGCCCCCCACGCUGCCAGCCACUGGUCCUUCUUUGGUUCCUGUCACCUCACCUCUCACCCCUGGCCUGAUGAGGACCCCCAGCACGUGGGGCAUGAGCUCAGAAGGGGUGACCAGUUCACCCUCAGGUCUGACCAGCAUCUCAGUGGUGGAGACUCGGGCCACGUCCGAAUACUCUACUGCUACAGAGGCCAUUUCCCAUGCUGAAAACACAGCGAUGACUCACAUGGGAUCCCUCAGUUCCACAUGGGAAUCCCACUCCUCGGCCCCAAAUGGCUCAGAGCCAGCCACAAGAAUGUCUCCAGUCAAGACCUCCUCCCUCAGUGAGGACACCCUGGCUUCCACACAAAUGCCUGGCCUCUCUGGAACCACGGAGACUGAGAUACAGUCAGCGUCGUCCCUGGCCCUGGAACCACGGGAAACCAGCACAUCCCGGCACAUCAGCUCAGCCACAGAGGAAAUCACCGUCCCUCCUGAGGUGUCCACGGGUACUAGUCCUGAGGCCACCAGGACAACCAUCAUGUCCCCCAGCAGGACAUCCAUCCCUGGCCCUGGUCAGGCCACAGUGUCACCAGACGUCCCCACACAAAUCAAAACCAGGCUCUCUACCUCCCCUGUCAAGGCAGAAUCUGAACCUAUAACCAUGACCACUGAAACUGUCCCCCUGGGUGCUACACCCCAAGGCACACUAGCCUGGGACACAUCAGCCACAGCAUCGGGGGCACAGACACACUUGGUUGUGACUCAGGGUUCUCCACGCUCAGAGAUGACUGCUAGCAUGGACACAGGUUCUGAGGAUGCGUCACCCACCAGCCCUUCCUCUGAGCAAGACAUCAGCUCUCCAUCUUCCUUGGUGCCUUUACCUGCCAUGUCCUCGAUUUCUGCAGUGUCCCCCACACUGUCAGCCACUAGCCCUUCUCCACCUGAUCAUGUCACCUCAUCUUUCACCCCUGCCCUGCUGACGAUCCCCGGUACAUGGGACAUGAGCUUGGAAGGUGUGACCAGUUCACCCUCAGGUCUAAGCAGCACAUUAGUGGACAUCCGGACCCCAUCUGAAGCCUCUUCCACUGUAGAGGCCAUUUACCUUCCUGAAAACACAGCAGUGACCCACGUGGGGACCCUCAGUUCUGUAGGGGAUUCCCACUCCUCUGCCCCAGCUGGCUCAGAGACAGCCACAGGCACGUCUCCAGUUGAGACUUCUUCCCUCCGUGGGUAUGCCACAGCCUCCAUGCCGAUGCCUGGCUUCUCUGGAACCACAGAGACUGCGACAUUGUCAAUGUCAUCUCUGGCCCUGGAACCAUGGGAAACUGGCAUGUAUCCCCACACCAGCUCAGCUCCGGAGGAAAGCACUGUCCCUUCCAAGGUGUCCACUGGUAUUAGUCCUGAGGCCUCCAGGACAGCCGUCAUCUCCCCUAAGGGAACAUCCAUCCCUGUCCCUAUUUGGCCCACAAUUUCAAAAGACUUCACCUCGAGAAUCAACACCAAGCUCUCUACCUCCCCCGUCGUGGCAGAAGCUGCACCUAAAACCAUGGCGACUGAAACUGUUCCCCUGGGGGCUACAUCCCAGGGCACAUUUCCUUGGAACACAUCAGCCACAGCCUCAGGGGCUCAUAUGCACUCGGGUAUGACUCAGGAUUCUACAGGAGCAGAGAUGACCACUAGUGCGGACAGAGGUUCUGAGGAUGAGUCACGUACCAGCCCAUCCUCUGAGCAGGACAUCAGCUCUCCAUUUCCCCUGGUGCCUUCCCAUGCCAUGACCUCAGCUUCUUCAGUGUCCAACACACUGCCAGCCAGUAGUCCUUUUCCUUCUGACUCUGUCACCUCACCUCUCACCACUGGCCUGCUGAGGUCCCACAGCACAUGGGGUAUGAGCUCAGAAAGUGUGACCAGUUCACCUUCAGGUCUGAGUCAGACCUCAGUGGAAAUACAGGCCACGUCUGAAGCCUCUACCACUGCCAAGUCCAUUCACCCUCCUGAAAACACAGCAGUGACCCACGUGGGGACCCUCAGUACUGCAUGGGAAGUCCACUCCUCAGCCCCAGCUGGCUCAAUAACAGCCCCACGCAUGUCUCCAAUUGAGACCUUUUCCGUUGAUGGAGACACCAUGGCUCCCACACCAAUGUCUGGCCUCUCUGGAACCAUGGAGACUGACACACAGUCAAUGUCGCCUCUCGCCCCGGAAAUGAGGGAAACCAUCAUGUCCCAGCCCACCAGCUCAGCCCCAGAGGACAUCAGCAUCCCUUCUGAGAUCUUCACUGGGACCAGUGCUGAGGCCUCCAGGACAGACAUCAUGUCCCCCAGCAGGACAUCUGUGCCUGGCCCUGUUCUGCCCACAAUGUCACCAGACAUCCCUAUGGAAUUCAACAGUGGGCUUUCUACCUCUUCCCCUAGUGUUGAUAUUGGAAAAGUCACCAUCAUCACCAAGAAAGGGCCUUCCAGUGUAACCUCCUUCCCAGAACCCAAGCUUUCUGUGUACGUAUCAGAAAGGACUCAUCACCUGAGCACAGUAAUGCUGUCUUCAGCUGAGACUCUUUCAGCUAACACAUUGGCACCUUCUCUGUCAGCAGCUACAUCUGGAGUCCCAGGUGCCAGCUCAGCCGCCUUCUCAGCCAGUCCAUUAUUUUGGACGCAACCAGGCCCUAGAGAUGCUCUGUCCACUGUGGCAGACAGUCUACCUUCAACAGUUUCAACGCAUUUCCCCUCUUCGGCCUCCACUACCACAGAUGUUUCAACCAGCCCAGUCCCCCAGGGGAGCACUUCCUCAAUGGCUACCCCGCACACGGUGGCCACCAACACUGGGACAGAGGGCAGCACUGCUGAAGGACCCUUUGUUGUGGCCAGUACUUUGGAGACACGGACCAAGUCAGUCAGGACAUCUUUAUCAUCCAGUGUGGAUACCAGAAUGACAGAGCAGAUUCACUUAGGAACAGAGAUGAGGGCUUCUCAACUUCCUCCACACUCAACACAGCUGACAAGGACUGAUGGUGUCGUGGAGCGUAUUACAAAGAUACCCAAUGAAGCAGCCCAUGGAGGUGUCACAGGACCAGUCCAUGUACAUGUGGCACCCACAUCAUCUGCCAGUCCUACAGGACUACCAACAGACUGGAUGGAAAGAGCAGAGACCACAGCUCUGAAGACCACCUCUACAGCAACUCUGACCACUACUGUCUCUACCCCUGCUUCGGGAACAUGGACUCUCCUCAGGACAUCAGGCAAGGUGACCAGCACAAGCACAAGAGGAACGAUCAUUUCAACCCCAGAUAUUUCCUCUGAUGUUCUACAGAUGACCGCCUCGUUGGCCACCAUACCUGGAGCAGAGACCAGCACAGAGGUUCCCAGGACAACCCCGUCUGUUUUCAAUAGAGGCUCACAGACUACACCCUCACUGGUCCCUAGUUCUGAUGCAGAGAACGGUCCAGCUUCUCCAACUCUGGCUGUUUCCCUUGGUGAGCCAGAGACCACAACCUCACGAGCCUUUCAUUCUGCAGAGACCAGCUUGACUGGUUCCAGGGCAACCUUGAGUGUUUCCCGCAGCGAAUCAGACAGCACACCCCCAACAGCUACUGGUUCUGGGGAAAAAGUCAGUUUAGCAGUUCCAACUCUGACUGUCUUUCCUGGUGUACCAGAAAUGGUGACUUCACUGGUAACUAGUCCUGGGGCAGAGAUGAGCACAGUUGUUUCAACUCUGACUGACUCCCAAGAUGAACCAGAGACCAACACCUCAUGGGUCACCCAACCUGGGGCACUGAGCGGUUCAUCUAUUCCAGUUCCAAGUAUCCUUCCUGGUGAGCCAGGGCUGGUGACCUCAGUGGAUACUAGUUCUGGAGCAGAGACCAGCCCAACUGAUCAAACUGCGACUACUUCCCCUGGUGAGCCAAAUGCAGCAGCCUCAUUGGUUACCCAUCCUGGGGCACAGACCAGUUUAGCCUUUCCAACUCCAGCCAUUUCCCCUGGUGUAUCAGGGGUGGGAAUCUCACCAGUUACCAGUUCUGGAGCAGAGACCAAUACAACUUUUACAACUCUGACUGAUUCUCCACAUGAACCAGAGACAACAGCCUCAUGGGUCACCCCUCCUGGGACAGAAGCCAUUUCCACUGUUGCAACUUCAACUGUUUCCCCUGGUGAGCCAGAUGCAACGGCCUUGUGGGUUCAUUCCACAGAGAAUAGCACACCUGUUUCCAGAAUAACUCCAAAUUUUUCCCAAAGUGAAUUAGACACCAUACUCUCAAUGGCCACCACUCCUAGGGUAGAAGCCAGUUCAGCCAUUCCAACAGUGACUGUCUCAUCUGGUGUGCCAGCUACAGUGACCUCCCAGACCACUAGUUCUGGGACAGACACCAGUACAACCUCUUCGACUCUGACUAAAUCCCUGCAUGGAUCAGACACAACAGUCUCCUUGGUCACCCAUCCUGCAGUGUCCAGCCCAACGGUUCCCAGGACAACCCCCAGUGUUUCCCAUAGUGAAUCAUAUAGCAAACCCUCAACAGCCACCAGCCUUGAGACAGAAGCCAGUUCACCUGUUCCAACUACACCUAUCUCCCCUGACGUACCAGAUAUGGUGACCUCACAGGCCACUAGCUCUGGGACAGAUGCCAGUAUGGUUAUUUCACCUCUGACUCUUUCUCCUGGAGAACCAGCAAACACAGUCUUAUGGGUUAAUCAUCCUGGAGCACAGACCAGUUCUUCCAUCCCAACUCCGACUAUCUCCCCUGGUGUAUCAGGAGUGGGGACCUCACUGGUCACUAAUUCUGAGGCAGAGACCAGUACGAUUUUUCCAACUCUGACUGAUUACCCACAUGAAUCAGAGACAGCCUUACGAGUCACCCAUUCCUCGGAGACCAGCACACCUGUUUCCAGAAUAACUCCAAAUUUCUCCCAUAGUGAAUCAGGUAUCACACUCUCAACAGCCACCACUCCCAGGGCAGAAGUCAGUUCAUUUUCAGCUACAACUAUCUCACCAGGCAUACCAAGGUUGGUGACCUUAGUGGUUACCAGUUCUGGAGUAGAGACGAGUACAACUUUUUCAACUCUGGCUGAUUCUCUGCAUGAACUGGAGGCCACAGCAUCAUGGGUCACCUUUUCGGAGAAAGAAGCCAGUUCAGCUAUUCCAACUCUGCCUACUUCUUACCCUGAGGAGCCAGAUACAGCAGUCUCAUUGGUCACCCAUCCUGCAGAGACCAGCUCAACUAUUCCCAAGGCAACACCCAAUUUUUCUUACAGUGAAUCAGAUACCAUACAUUCAAUAGCUACCAGUUCUGGGGCACAGACAAGUUCAGCCAUUCCAACUCUGACCAUCUCCCCUGGUGUACCAGAGGUAGAAAUCUCACUGGCCACAAGUUCUGGGCCAGAGACAAGUACAACUUUUACAACUCUGACUCUUUCUCCAGGUCAAAUGGAGACCACAGGCUCAUGGGUCACCCAUUCUGAGACAGAGUUCAGUUCAGCUGUUCCAACUCUGCCUGCUUCCCCUGGGGAGCCAGAUACAGUAGUCUCAUUGGUCACCCAUCCUGCAGAGACCAGCCCAACAGUUUCCAAGACAACUCCCAAUGUUUCCCAUAGUGAAUUGUAUACCACAUACACAAUGGCCACCAGCCAUGGGGCAGAAGCCAGUUCAGCUGUUCCAACUCCAACUGUCCCCCCUGGUGUACCAGAUAUGGUGACCUCACAGGUCACUAGUUCUGAGAAAGAUGCCAGUACAGUCAUUCCCACUCUGAAUCUUUCUCCUGGUGAGCCAGGGACCACAGCCUCAACAAUCAUUUAUUCUGAGAUCCAGACCAGCUCAGCCAUUCCAGCUCCAACUGUCUCCUCUACUGUGCCAGAGCUGGUGACCUCACUGGUCACCAGUUCUGGGGUGGAAGUCAGUACAAUGUUUACAACUCUGACGGAUUCCCCACAAAAGGCAGAGAUGACAGCCUCGUGGGUCACCCAUUCUGGGACAGAAACCAGUUCAGCCGUUCCAACCCUGACUAUUUCUCCUAAGGAGACAAAUACAACAGUCUCAUCAGUCACUCAUUCUGAAGAAACUAGUCCAGCUGUCCCCAAAACAACUCCAGUUUUUUCCAAAGGUGAACCAGACAACACACAGUCAAUAGCCACCAGCCGUGGGGAAGAAACCAGUUCAGUGGUUCCAACUGUCUCCCUUGGUGCACCAAAUAUGGUGACCUCUCACGUUCCUGCUUCUGAGACAGAUGCCAAUAUGACUAUUCCAAGUCUGACUCUUUCUCCUGGUGAACCAGCAACCACAGGCUUAUUGGUCACCCACCCCAGUGCAAAGACAAGUACACAUUUUCCUGGUUCAACUGCUUUUCCUCAUUUACCAGAGACCAUAGCCUCACUCUCCGUCCAACCUGAGCUGGAGAUGAGUACAGCUCCUCCAGUUCAGACUGUUUCCCUCGGUCUACCAGAGACAACAUCCUUCACCACAUCCAUGACAGAGACCAGCAGAGUUGAUCUGGGUCCAACAGUCUCACCUGGUGUUCCUGUAGAAACAGCCUCACUCUCCACCCAUCUUGGCACAGACAUCACAACUAUUUCAACAUCAACUCUUUCCCCUGUGUUAUUGAAGACCACAGGCUUAUUGGCCACCAGCCCUGCAUCAGAGGCCAGCACAGGUGGCCCAACUUUGACUGCUGGUGUUCUUGGGCCUGUCAGUAUCCCUGAAACCACUGGUGAGUCUCAUACCUUAACUUCCUGGAGCACAGAACCCUCACCACCUGUGACCUCAGUUGAACUCCUGGAAUUGUCCAAGACUGUGACAGGGGACACUGUGACCUUGAUAGCAUCGGAGACCCCAACACCACCUAAAACCAGUCACAGAGACGGAUCGAGUCCAACUGCUAUCUUGAAAACCACAACUCCUGAGACCACUAAUUUAGCUGCCACAGGCUCAGGCCCCAUCAUGGCGGAGACCGCAGCCACCUUCAAUACAUCUGUGGCAAGUCCCUUUGUCCCUGAGACCUCACCUGGGAUGUCCACCUUGACCUCUCUGAGUGUGACUUCAGAAACAACUGCAGCCCCUUUCUUGAUGCCUUUUACUGUCAACUUCACCAUCACCAGCCUGCACUACACCGAGGACAUGGGGAACUCAGGCUCUGAGAUAUUCAAUGCCACUGAGAGACACCUGCAGCACCUGCUCAGGACUCUGUUCGAAAACAGCAGUGUUGGUUCCCUCUAUGAUGGCUGCAGGCUGACCUUGUUCAGGGCUGAGAAGGAUGGGACAAGCACCAGGAUAGAUGCAGUCUGUACCUACCGCCCAGAUCCCACCGGCUUCAGGCUGGACAGAGAGCAGCUCUACCAGGAGCUAAGCCAGCAGACCCAUGGCAUCACUCAGCUGGGCCCCUACACCCUGGACAGGAACAGUCUCUGUGUCAAUGGUUAUAACCAUCAGUACUGGACCCCCACCACCAGCACUCUGGUGACCUCCACAUUUUCUCCAGGGCCAUCGAUAUCUCUGCCUCCCACCCCCAGCUCUACAGUUGUGGGCCCAGCCCUGGUGCCAUUCACCCUCAACUUCACCAUCACCAACCUGCUCUGCACCCCAGACAUGAGGCACCCAGGCUCCAUGAAGUUCAACUCCACUGAGAGGGCCCUGAAUCGCCUGCUUGGUCCCUUGUUCAAGAACACCAGUAUUGGCCCACGGUACUCUGGCUGCAGACUGACCUUGCUCAGGACUGAGAAGGGUGGAACAGCAACAGGAGUGGACGUGAUCUGCACUUAUCAUCCUGACCCCAUGGGCCCUGGGCUGAACAGAGAAGAAUUGUACCAGGAGCUGAGUCAGCUGACCCACGGUGUCACCUGGCUGGGCACCUACACCCUGGACAGAGACAGUCUCUAUGUCAAUGGUUAUAACCACCGGUACUGGAACCCUACCACCAGCACUCCAGUGACUUCUACAUUCUCUCCAGAAUCUUCCACAUCUCAGCCCCCCAUCCUCAGCUCUACAGGUGUGAGCCUGUCUCUGGUGCCCUUCACCCUCAACUUCACCAUCACCAACCUGCGCUACACAGAGGGCAUGGGGCCCCCAGGAUCUGAGCUAUUCAACUGUGUAGAGAGGAUCUUGAAUCGUCUGCUCAAACCCUUGUUCCAGAACAGCAGCAUUGGGCCCCUCUAUUAUGGCUGCAGAUUGACCUUGCUCAGGCCUGAGAAAAAGGGAACAGCCACUGGAGUUGAUGCUGUCUGUACUCACCAUCCUGACCCCAUGGGCCCUAAGCUAGACAGAGAGAAGCUGUACUGGGAGCUGAGCCAUCAGACCCAUGGUGUCACCCAGCUGGGCUCCUUCACCCUGGAUAAGAACAGCCUCUAUGUCAAUGGUUACACCCACUGGACCUCAGCCCCCACACCCAGUGCUCCUGUGACCCCUGUGCACUUCCCAGGGACCUCGAUGGUGCCAGCCCACUUCUCCAGCUCCACAGCUGCUGGUCCUGCCCCAGUGCCCUUCACCCUGAACUUUACCAUCAUCAACCUGCACUACACGAAGGACAUGCAGCCGAGCUCGGCAAAGUUUAACUCCACAGAGUCAGCUCUACAACGCCUGCUCAAGCCCUUGUUUGCCAACAGCAGCAUUGGUCCACUCUACAUUGGCUGCAGAGUGACCACACUAAGGCCUGAAAGGGGUGGAACAGCCACUGGAGUUGACGCUGUCUGCACCUACCGACCUGGCCCUUCGGGUCUCCAGCUGGACAGGGAGCGCCUCUACUGGGAACUGAGCCGCCAGACCCAUGGUGUCACCCAGCUCGGUUCCUACAUCCUGGACAGGGACCGUCUCUAUGUCAACGGUUACACCAGAUCACCACUGACCCCCAUCCCCAGUGUUCCUGUGAUUUCUACACCCUCAGGAACCUCAGUAGCUCCAAUCUCCUUCUCCAGCUCUACAGUCUCCGGCCCUGACCUGGUUCCAUUCACCCUCAACUUCACCAUCACCAACCUGCGCUACACAGAGAACAUGCAGCUUAUGGGUUCAGCCAAGUUCAACGAAAUAGAGAAGGUCUUGCAGAGCCUGCUCAGACCCUUAUUCAAGAACACCAGUGUCGGCCCCCUCUACUCUGGCUGCAGACUGACCUCGCUCAGGCCCAAGAAGGCUGGAGCAGCCACCAGGGUGAACACAAUCUGCUCCUACCGCCCCGACCCUGCGGGCCGCGGGCUGGAUAGAGAGAAGCUGUACUGGGAGCUGAGCCGGCUGACCCGUGGUAUCACCUGGCUGGGCCCCUACACCCUGGAGCAGGACAGUCUCUGUGUCAGUGGCUACACCCACCAGACACCAGUAACCGCCCCCAGCGCCACGGGACAUCCCCUUGUGCCUUUCACCCUCAACUUCACUAUCACCAACGUACACUACGCUGAGGACAUGCAGCCUCCUGGAUCCUUGAAAUUUAACACCACGGAGAGGUCCCUGCAGCGCCAGCUCGGACCCUUGUUCCAGAACACCAGUGUGGGCCCCCUGUACUCAGGCUGCAGACUGACCUUGCUCAGGCCCGAGAAGGAUGGGGCAGCCACUGGAGUGGAUGCCGUCUGCACCCACCGCCCUGACCCUACGGGCCCUGGGCUGGACAGAGAGAGGCUGUACCAGGAGCUGAGCCAGCUGACCCGUGGUGUCACCAGGCUGGGUCCCUACACCCUGGAUCCCAACAGUCUCUACAUCAAUGGUUUCACCCACCAGACGCGGGCCACCACCCCCAGCAGUCACACCCAAUCGGCUUCAGCCACCACCCCCAACACCACUGGCCCCGCUCUGGUGUCCUUCACCCUGAACUUCACCAUCACCAACCUGCACUACACUGAGGACAUGGGGCACCCCAGUUCCUUGAAGUUCAACUCCACCAAGAGGAUCCUCCAGCACCAGCUCAAGCUCCUGCUCAGUAAGACCAGUGUCGGCUCCCUCUACGCUGGCUGCAGACUUGCCUCGCUCAGGCUUGAGAAGGGUGGGACAGCCACUGGAGUGGACAUCGUCUGCACCGUCCACUCUGACCCUGCGGGCCCCGGGCUGGACAGAGAGCGGCUAUACUGGGAGCUGAGCCGUGAGACCCAUGGCAUCACCCGGCUGGGGCCCUUCACCCUGGACAGGGACAGCCUCUGUGUCAACGGUUACACCUAUGGAGCCACAGCCCCAACUACCACUGCUGGGGAGGCCCGUGAGGAGCUGUUCACACUGAACUUCACCAUCGACAACCUGCACUACUCAGCGGACAUGGGCCGCCCCGGCUCCCUCAAGUUCAACAUCACAGAUACCCUCAUGCAGCACCUGGUGAGAGCACUUCUUCUGCCUCUGUGCCUCCAUGACCCCCUCUAGGGGCUGUCGCCACCUCUGACCACUGGCUCUCUCCUUCCUCUCCAGCUGGGCCCAUUGUUCCAGAAGAGCAGUCUGGGUACCCGAUAUACAGGCUGCAAGGUCACCUCACUAAGGUCCGUGAAGAAUGGUGCCAAGACGAGGGUGAACAUCCUCUGCACCUACCGGCAGCACCCCAGCAGCCCGGGUCUACUUGCCAAACAGGUGUUCCAUGAACUGAGCAGGCAGACCCGUGGCAUCACCCGGCUGGGCCCCUAUUCACUGGACAAGGACAGCCUCUACCUCAAUGGUUAUAACGAGCGUGGUCCAGAUGAGCCUCCCACAACUCCUGAGGCAGCCACCACAUUCCUGCCUAGUUCAUCAUCAUCUGUGCAACCAGAAGCCACCACAGCUAUGGGACACAACCUGAAGACCUUUACACUGAACUUGACCAUCUCCAACCUCCAGUAUUCAACAGACAUGAGCCACAGCUCAGCUACAUUCAACUCCACCAAGAGGACCCUGCAGCACCUGCUUGGAUCCUUGUUCCAGAAGAGCAGCCUGGGCCCCUUCUAUUCAGGUUGCAGACUAAUCUCCCUCAGGCCUGAGAAGGAUGGGGUAGCCACUCAUGUUAACGCCAUCUGCACCUAUCACCAUGACCCCAUGGGCUACAGGCUGGACCGAGAACAGCUUUACUGGGAGCUAAGCCAGCUGACCCAUGGUGUCACCCAGAUGGGCAUCUAUACCCUGGUCAGGGACAGCCUCCUCGUCAAUGGCUACGCACCCCAGAAUUUAUCUAUUCAGAAUGAGUAUCAGCUGAAUUUCCGCAUCCUCAACUGGAACCUCAGCAACUCAGACCCUGUAUCCUUGGAGUACACAACCCUGCUGAGAGACAUCCAGGACAAGGUCACCAAACUCUACAGAGGCAGCCAGCUACAAGACAUUUUCCGCUCCUGCCUGGUCACCAACUUGACGUUGGACUCCAUGUUGGUCACCAUCAAGGCUCUGUUCUCUUCCAAUGUGGACCCCAGUAUGGUGAAGCAAGUCUUUCUAGACAAGACCCUGAAUGUCUCAUCCCACUGGCUUGGUGCCACCUAUCAGCUGGCGGAUUUGCAUGUGACAGAAGUGGAGUCAACAGCUCAUCUACCAACAGACAAACCAACAAGCAGUCCCACCUCUCAGCACUUCCAGCUGAAUUUCACUGUCACCAACCUACUCUAUUCCCAAGACUUAUCCCAGCCCAACACCACCAAACACCAGCGGAACAAGAGAAGUAUCGAGAAUGCGCUCAACCAGCUCUUCCGAAACAGCAGCAUGAAGAGUUAUUUCUCUGACUGUCAAGUUUUAGCAUUCAGGUCUGUCCCCGACAGCAACCACACUGGGGUGGACUCCAUCUGUAACUUUUCACCAUUGGCUCGGAGACUGGACAAAAUUGCCAUCUAUGAGGAGUUCUUGAGGCUGACCCGAAAUGGUACCCAGCUGCAGAAUUUUACCCUGGACAGAAACAGUGUCCUUGUGGAUGGGUAUUCUCCCAACAGAAAUGAUGUCUUGACUGAGAAUUCAGACCUCCCCUUCUGGGCCAUCAUCCUCAUUUGCUUGGCGGGACUCCUGGUACUCAUCACAUGCCUAAUCUGCUGUUUCCUGGUCACCAUCCGCCUGCGGAAGAAGGAGGGAGACUACGAGGUUCAGCAACACAGCCUGGGCUAUUACCUGCCACACCUAGACCUGAAGUUGCAGUGAGCUCUGCCUGCGGCUCCAAGGGAGCUUGGCUGGAAUAGAAAUAAACCACAUUGGUCGGACACA